AUCAAAUAAAAACCCAAUAAACAAAGUAAAAAAGGAAGGGAGGAGUGUGGAAAAUAGGCAAAGUUUAUGAACAAAUUCCCAAAAGAGCGGGACAAAGCAUUAACAUGCUAAUAAUACGCAUGUAGAUUGUGGAACAGAGAGGUUAUUUUGACAUGCUACCCAAAUCAAUCAGGGAAGAAGAAAGAUGGUGCACACUGCCUACGAUACCUUCCAACUCCUCAAUAAUUCUCCCUCCAAAAUCGAUGCCAUUGAAUCAUACCGCUCAAAUUUGCUCAUCGCAUGUUCCGAUGGAUCGCUCCGUGUUUACGUUCCAGAAUCCUCAGUUUCCGAUCAAUCUGAUUUCCAUUCCGAAACCUUAGGGCUUCAUCAAGGACCAUAUGUGCUUGAAAGAACUCUGAAUGGAUUCUCCAGAAGACAAAUGCUGGCCAUGGAAGUCCUCGUCUCACGAGAACUUCUGCUUUCCCUCUCCGAGUCAAUUGCGUUACAUCGAUUGCCUGAUUUGGAGACUUUAUCAGUGAUUACUAAGGCUAAAGGUGCAAAUGUAUAUUCGUGGGAUGAUAAACGAGGGUUACUUUGCUUCGGCAGGCAAAAAAGAGUCUGUAUUUACAAACACGACGGGGGGAGUGGAUUUGUGGAGGUGAAAGAAUUUGGAGUACCUGACACAGUUAAGUCGAUGUCAUGGUGUGGUGAGAAUAUUUGCUUGGGGAUUAGAAGAGAGUACAAGAUAUUGAAUACCACUAAUGGUGUAUUGUCUGAGGUGUUCUCUUCAGGGAGGAUCGCCGCACCUCUUGUGGUGGCUCUUCCACCCGGAGAACUACUUUUGGGCAAGGAUAAUAUUGGUAUCUUAGUUAACCAAAACGGGAAGUUGAUCCAAGAAGGGAGGAUUUGUUGGUCUGAGGCUCCUGCAGCUGUUAUUAUCCAGAAGCCGUAUGCAAUAGGUCUUUUGGGGCGACAUGUUGAGAUACGUUCUCUUCGUGUACCUUAUCCUUUGAUUCAAACAGUUGUCCUUCGGAAUGUUCGUCAUCUUGUUCAAAGCAACAAUACUGUGAUUGUUGCUCUUGAUUAUUCUGUUUUUGGAUUUUUUGCUGUACCUCUUGGUGCGCAGAUUGUACAACUAACAGCAUCUGGAAACUUUGAGGAGGCCUUGGCUUUGUGCAAAUUGCUACCACCAGAAGAUUCCAGUCUUAGAUCUUCAAAGGAGCAGUCAAUUCAUAUGAGGGUCAACCAGUACGUGUGCUUGUGGGAGGUAGAAGGUAACACGGAUUAUUCGAGAUAUGCGCACUUUCUAUUUGAAAAUGGGAGCUAUGAAGAAGCAAUGGAACAUUUUCUGGCAUCUCAAGUUGAAAUCACUUAUGUGCUCGCCUUAUAUCCAUCCAUUAUUGUUCCAAAAUCAUCUUGCAUACCUGAACCACAGAAAUUUGCAGAUGUUGCAGAUGCACCAUAUCUCUCCCGAGGCUCUUCUGGUCUGUCAGAUGAUCUAGAUUCUCCGUCUUCGGAUGUAUUUGAAUCUGAUGAAAUGGAUAUAGAGUCCAAGAAAAUGAGCCACAACACUUUGAUGGCUCUGAUUAAGUAUUUGCAGAAAAAGAGAUACAGUGUCAUUGAGAAAGCAACAACUGAGGGAACUGAAGAAGUGGUUUCAGAUGCUGUUGGAGAUAAUUUCAUUUCUUAUGGAACUGACCGGUCCAAAAAACCAACCAAGGGCAGAAUUCAUAUUCCUAUCACUUCCAUCGCUAGGGACAUGGCUGCAAUACUGGACACUGCACUUCUUCAAGCUCUGUUUUUAACUGGACAGUCCUCUGCUGCUACAAAUUUUCUGAAAGUCCUCAACUACUGUGAUGUGAAAAUAUGCGAUGCGUUCCUGCAAGAGAGAAGCCAGUAUGCUUGUCAGGUAGAACUUUAUAGAUGCAAUUCAAUGCAUCAUGAAGCACUGAAACUUCUUCAUCAACUGGUAGAAGAGUCCAAGUCAGAGCAAACUCCUGUAGAGCUCUUAACGAAGUUCAAGCCUGAUAUGAUCAUUGAAUAUCUCAAACCCCUUUGUGCAACUGACCCCAUGCUUGUCCUGGAGUUCUCAUUGCCUGUUCUUGAAAGCUGUCCGAUGCAAACCAUUGAGCUAUUUUUGUCUGGUAACAUUCCAGCAGACUUGGUGAAUUCUUACUUAAAGCAGCAUGCUCCAGACAUGCAGGCAACAUAUCUAGAACUCAUGCUUGCCAUGAAUGAAAAUAGUAUCUCAGGGAAUCUGCAGAAUGAAAUGGUGCAAAUUUAUCUCUCAGAAGUGCUUGAUUUUCAUGCUGAACAUAAUUCACAGCAAAAGUGGGAUGAGAAAACAUGUCCUCCACCAAGGAAAAAGCUACUGUCUGCUUUGGAGGGUAUGUCUGGAUAUACUCCAGAGGUGUUGCUGAAGAGACUUCCACCAGAUGCUCUGUAUGAAGAACGUGCAAUUCUUUUGGGGAAAAUGAAUAAACAUGAACUUGCCCUGUCUAUUUAUGUGCACAAGCUUCAUGCUCCCGAACUUGCACUGUCCUAUUGUGACCGGGUGUACGAUUCAGGACUUCAACAACAUUCAGCAAAAUCUUACGGAAACAUUUACCUGACUCUACUGCAAAUCUAUCUAAAUCCUAGGAAGACAACAAAAAAAUUUGAGAAGAAAAUUACUAAUCUGGUAUCAGCUCAGAGCCCUAGGAUUCCAAAAGUUGGUUUAGGAACUACAGGAAAGGUAAAAGGAGGCCGCUCCAAGAAAAUUGCUGAAAUUGGGGGCGCUGAGGACACUCGAUUCAGUCUAAGCGGCACAGACAGUGGUAGGAGUGAUGGAGAUACAGAAGAUGCUGCCGAGGAAGGUGGUUCUACUAUUAUGCUAGAUCAGGUACUUGAUCUUUUGAGCAGAAGGUGGGAUCGAAUCCAUGGUGCCCAAGCGCUGAAACUGCUUCCAAGGGAUACUAAGCUACAGAACUUGCUUCCAUUUCUUGGACCUCUUCUGAGGAAAUCCAGUGAAGCAUAUCGGAACUUCUCAGUGAUAAAAAGCUUGAGAGAGUGUGAAAACCUACAGGUUAAAGAUGAACUGUAUAACCAAAGAAAAGCAGUUUUGAAGAUCACAAGCGAUAGCAUGUGCUCUCUUUGCAAUAAGAGGAUUGGCACCAGUGUCUUUGCAGUCUAUCCUAAUGGUAAGACAAUUGUGCACUUUGUCUGCUUUAGAGAUUCACAGAAUAUGAAGGCAGUUGGAAGAGGCUCUCAGUUGAGGAAAAGAUGAUAAUGAGAAGUUGGAUUUGGGAUUAACUGAAUGUUUUGGGUUGCUAUUGGUGGCAUUGAUCCCAUUUCUUCAUGCUAGCACCAUUUAACAUGUUCUGCAGCUCAGUUUUAAGUUGCCAUUUAUCCUGAAAGUAAGACACUUCUGCUCUCAAGUCACAAGGGCUGCAAUGGGUUGCAAAUGGUACAAGUGUGCAAGCCUAGAAUGACAGUGCUCCUCAAGAAGUAACAAGUUAUACACAUUUUUUUUGCAGAUUAUGGCCAAUGUAGAAGCGAAUACAAUUGAUUUGAUGUUGUGUAUUUUUUCUGUAUUAAAAUGGAUGAGAGCUCUUAACUUGAGGUGUUUAUAACUUAAUUUUGAGUAGAGUUUUGUUACAACUCAAGGUUGUGAAUGUUCAAUUAAAAUGCAAUAAUACACAACUUUCUUUGUUGA